AUGGCCGCCCAGCCGCCGGCCGGGAAGGGCCGGGGGGAGAAGCGGAAGAGGGUGGUGCUGACCCUGAAGGAGAAGAUCGACAUCUGCGCCCGCCUGGAGAGGGGCGAGAACCGGAAGGCGCUGAUGCGGGAGUACAACGUGGGCAUGUCCACGCUGUACGACAUCAGGGCCCACAAGGCGCAGCUGCUGCGCUUCGUCGCCAGCGCCGACUGCAACCAGGCGCUGCAGCGGCGGCGCACACUGCACACGCCCAAGCUGGAGCACCUGGACCGCGUGCUGUACCAGUGGUUCCUGGUGAAGCGCGCCGAGGGCGUGCCCGUCUCGGGCCCCAUGCUCAUCGAGAAGGCCAGGGACCUGUACGGGCAGAUGCAGCUCACCGAGCCCUGUGUCUUCUCCGGCGGCUGGCUCUGGCGCUUCAAGGCCAGGCACGGCAUCAAGAGGCUGGACACGGCCAGCGAGAAGCAGGCGGCCGACCGCCAGGCGGCCGAGCAGUUCUGCGGGUUCUUCCGAAGCCUGGUGGCCGAGCACGGGCUGUCCCCUGAGCAGCUGUACAACGCGGACGAGACGGGCCUCUUCUGGCGCUGCCUGCCCCGUCCGGCCCCGGAGGCGGAGCCCGGGCCCGGCUUCAAGCAGAGCAAGGACCGCCUCACAGUCCUCAUGUGUGCCAACGCCGCAGGCUCCCACAGGGUCAAGCCCCUGGUGGUCGGCAGGUGCGGCAGCCCGCGGGCGCUGAAGGGCAUCCAGCACCUGCCCGUGGCCUACCAGGCGCAGGGCCGCGCCUGGGUGGACCAGGAGAUGCUCUCCGACUGGUUCCACCGUGUCUUCGUGCCCUCCGUGAAGGAGCACUUCCGGGCGGUGGGCUUGCCCGAGGAUGGCAAAGCCAUCUUGCUGCUGGACCACUCGCGGGCCCACCCGCCCGAGGCUGCGUUGGUGUCUGACAACAUCUUCACCGUCUUCCUGCCUGCCGGCGUGGCCUCUCUGAUCCAGCCCAUGGACCAGGGCGUCCGGCAGGCCUUCAUGAGGGGCUUUGUCAGCCCGCCCGUCCCCCUGCAGGACUUCCACAGUCGCUACGGCAUCCACGAUGCCGUCUUCCACGUGGCCUGCGCGUGGGGGGCCGUCCCGAGCUCCGUUCUGCGGCGCGCGUGGAGGAAGCUGUGGCCAGCUGCCGUGUUCACCACCGGCUCCUCCUCGGAGGAUGAGGCCACGGCGUGCUCGCAGACCCCGCCCCAGGGCAAGACGGUCGCCCACAUCAUCGAGCUCAUGGAGGACGGCCCGCCGCCCACAGGCAGCAGGCUCCACAGAAGCACGGGGGGAGACGGGCCGGGGCCCGGGAAGCGCGACGGACGAGGCGUGGGCCCCGCGGAGCCGGUCCCGGCCGACUGGGAGGCGGGAGAGGCCGGGGGUGCCGGCCCAGGGGACGGGGGCGGAGAGGGCACCUGGGACAAGGCCGCUGCCUCCUUUGACGUCAUCCUUGACUUUGCGGAAGGGCAGCCGUGCUUCACCCCCCAGGAGCUGGGCCAGCUGCACGUGCUGUAUGCGGUCUUCGUGAGGGAGAGGCAGGCGAGGAGGAAGCUGGGGGCUGCGGUCAAGACAGAGGGGCCCCAGGAGUGCUCCGGGCCCUGCGUGGCCCCCACAGCCCCCUCCCUGCCGUCCACGUCGUUGGUGCAUGGUGACAGCUGA